AUGAAGCCCGAACAUGAAAAGGAGAUACUCAAAUCGUUCCACCACCAGUUGAAGAAUCUCAAUAUCUAUGCUAAGAGAUACUGCGACAGCAUAUCAGAGUAUAUCAAAACUCGUCAGGAUUUCCACGUGCAAUACAUAGAUAGAGCAAGAGACCAAGUUAUUUCGGGCCUUCACGAGUUGAAGCUUAAACAAGGAAGGCAUCCAGAGGUAUUGACUGACUUAGUGACUCAAGCUGUGGUUUUGUUUGAGGAGUUGAUAGGUGUAAACCUUGGUCUUGAGGAACGAGUAGAUAAGUACAAACGUGAGAACAACACCUUAAAGGCAAGAAUAACGGGUAUCUUCCGGCGAAGACGCUCAGAUGCACCCAAAGAGUCAGACUACACAACAGAAGAGAUUGCAGAGUACGCAAGAUUGGGUCUGCAUCUAGGUCAACAUAGGAUAGGGCGGGAUUAG